CAGAACACAAAUAGAGUUCAUUACCUGCAAUUUUAAAUGAAGAUGCAAUGGUGGUCAUUUCAGAGUAUUUGAAGGUCAAUUAAAGUUUUCAUUGUGUAAGGAAAAUGGAAAAUGGAACAUAUUUUUACUUCAUGUUGUUUGAAAAUCUUGGGUGCAUGAGAUAUGCUUUCUUCACCUUGGGGUUUAUUUUUUACUGUGCUGUCAUAUUCUUUAAUGUUCUUAUUAUUCUUGUAAUAUUUCUGGAAAAGACAUUGCACAAGCCCAUGUACAUUCUGAUUUUAUGCUUGUCCAUCAAUUCCGUAUAUGGUACAGCUGGCUUUUUUCCAAGGUUAUUGACAGACCUGCUCUAUGAUGCGCAUAUAAUCUCCUAUGAAGCAUGUCUCAUACAGAGUUUUGUCAUUUACUCAUAUGCAGCUUUUGAGCUUACAAUAUUGAUGCUAAUGGCAUUUGAUAGGUUUGUUGCAAUCAGUAAACCUUUGCAUUACAACAACAUAAUUACCAAACGGUUUCUAACUUUUCUAAUAUUUAUAGCAUGGAUUUAUCCAAUUACUUUUGUUGGUAUUGGUGGUCUUUUAACUGCAAGGCUGACAAUCUGUGGUAACAAAUUGCUAAAGGUGUACUGCCACAACUAUGAAAUUGUCAAACUCUCAUGUGUGAACAUUACUAUUAAUAAUAUUUAUGGUCUGAUUGUAACUAUCACAACAAUUUUUAUCCCUUUUUGUUUUAUACUGUAUACCUAUGUCAGAAUUAUUAUAAUUUGUCAAAGAAGCACACGAGAGUUCAGGAGCAAAGCAUAUAAAACUUGUAUUCCACACAUGGUGAUCCUUUUAAAUUACUCAGUUGCUAUUUUUUGUGAGCUCAUUUUGAGUCGAUUUAUUAAUGGAGAACUUCCUAUAGCGCUGACUGUUAUCCUUUCACUUGACUUUAUUGUAAUACCACCCUUUGUAAACCCUAUUGUUUAUGGUCUAAACUUUCCUGAUAUCCGCAAAAAAAUUAGACAUGUAAUAAAAGCCUCAAAAUAGACUGCUUUGUUUCUGUUGUACCAAACCAAGU